AUGGCCCCCCUCGGGCCUGCAUCGGGACCCCCGCCCACUCCGGCCGCGCCGCCCUGGGCCUGGGGCCACGGGCGCUCAUCUCCGCCGCGCCCACGACGCCGCCGCCAUCCUCCUGGCCGCCUCCACCUCCCCGGCUGCUCCUGCAGCCGCCACCGCCCUCUGCUCCACACCGCGAGGGCGGGCGGGGCCGGGGAGAAGGCAAGGCAACGAGGAUGGGGGCCCCUGGCCUGCCAGCUGGAGCGUCUCCUGCGGUCUACUUCCGGGGAAAACGAUGCAGAGAAGGAGGAGGUGGCGCGCAGGGUCCCCGACGGUCCUGGAUGUCUCCUGGCUGCCCCGCGAUGCUCGCAGAGGCCACACGGGGGUGCAGCCGUCGCAAGUCCAGUGCAGGGCUGGCAUGCGCGCAUGGAGGACGCGCACUGCGCCUGGUUGGCGAUGUUCGGGAUGUCCCCCGGCUGGGCUUUCUUCGCAAUCCUCGGCCACGGCAGGGCACGGGCUGCCCGCUUCGGAGCGCGUCACCUUCCAGGCCACGUGCUGGAGAAGCUGGGCCCGGAGUCCUAGGAAUCCGAGGGCGUUCGCGAAGCGCGCAGAGCCUUCCUCCAGGCAGACAAGCAACUUCGUGCACUCUGGCCCCGCGGUGACCCCGGUGGCUCGACGGUGGUGGCGCUGCUCGUGUCCCCACGAUUCCUCUACCUGGAACACUACGGGGACUCGCGAGGGAUACUCAGUCGCUCGGGCUCCGUGGUCUUCAGCACCAAGGAUCACCGACUCCAUCGUCCAAGGGAACGCGAGCGCAUCCACGACGCGGGUGGCACGAUCCGCCGCCGGCGUGUCGAGGGCUCUCUGGCCGUGUCGCGAGCUUUAGGGGACUUUGCCUACAAGGAGGCUCCGAGGAGGCCUCCCGAGCAGCAGCUCGUGUCCACCGAGCCCUAGGUAACCGCAAUGGCUCGCCAGGAGGAGGACGAGUUCGUGCUCCAGGCUUCGGACGACUUGUGGGAUGCUAUGUCUAGUGGCGCCCUGGCAGGGCUGGUGGCUUCGCGCCUACGCUUGGGCCUCGCCCCAGAACUGCUCUGCGCUCAGCUGCUCGACACGUGUCUGUGCAAGGGCAGCCUGGAUAACAUGACCUGUGUCCUGGUCUGCUUAGGAGCCCCUAGCCCUUAUGAGGAGGUGAUCAAAAGGGAGAAGGCAUUAGAUGUAGCCCUGGGCCACAGAGUAUAUGAGCUGUGUGCUCCCGCUAAGGAACCCCCAGGCCUAAACACUGUUUUCAGGGCCCUGGCUUCAGAGGACAUCCCAGAUCUGCCUUCUCGGGGAGGGAUGCACCGCAAGGCCACCAUCAUAGCUGAAGCUUAUUCUAAAGUCCGUCAGGCCCCAGAGGAUGCUAGGAGGUAA